GCACAACUGGAAAUGGCGCCCCCGUCUGACAGGAAGCAAAUCCUCGAGCGCCUUUGGGCACAAAUUGCGGAGGGAAAGCCCAUUGUGGGCGCUGGAGCUGGAAUCGGCCUCUCAGCCAAGUUUAUUGAGGCUGGUGGCGGCGACCUCAUCAUCAUCUACAACAGUGGCCGCUUCCGCAUGGCAGGCCGGGGAUCACUGUCUGGCUUGAUGCCAUACGGAAACGCCAACGACAUCGUCGUCGAGAUGGCAAAUGAGGUUAUUCCCGUCGUGAAGCACACUCCCAUCAUCGCUGGAGUCUGUGGCACAGAUCCUUUCCGCAGCAUUCCGCAAUUUGUGAAGCAACUGAAAGAUUUGGGCUUUGCAGGUAUUCAAAAUUUCCCCACUGUCGGCCUCAUCGAUGGACAGUUCCGCCUCAACCUCGAAGGGACGGGCAUGUCGUAUGACCUUGAAGUGGAUGCCAUUCGCGCAGCCCACGAGAUUGACCUGCUGACUACGCCAUACGUCUUCAGUGUCGAAGACAGCGAGAAGAUGACUCGUGCCGGAGCAGAUAUCCUUGUGGCGCACAUGGGCUUGACCAGCAGCGGGUCAAUAGGCGCGGCGACGACCAAGUCCAUGGAUGAGUGCGUGGAGCUGAUCCAGCAGAUCCGCGAUGCGGCAGUUCUCAUCAAUCCCAAAAUUAUCGUUUUGUUCCAUGGAGGACCUAUUGCUGCGCCCAAGGAUGCCGACUAUGUUUUGCGACAUGUCAAGGGUGUCCAUGGCUUUUACGGUGCAAGCUCUGUGGAACGGCUCCCAGUAGAGAGCGCCAUCACCAACAUUACGAAGAGCUUUAAAGGGUUGGAGCUGCCUACACAGGAGUAG